GAAUGGUUCAUUAAUUGUAAAGGAGCCUUUAUGUCCAAAAUCCAAUUCUUACUUGCUGUCGGGAGAAUAUUUGACGAUUAAUAAGUAAAUUGAUAACUGUUAUGUUGUACUUGCAUUCAUGUCACAAUGAAACUAAGUGUGAGUGCGUAUCGCGCACACGCAUCAGCACACAAAAAAAUUCUUUCGAGCGGUUACCAUUCGCAACUCAAUUACGGCAGCACAGGUGCGGCAGUCUCUUCUUCUGCUGUCUUGCAGAUGGCGGAUCCCAACGAAGCCACGAUGUCAUUCGCCAAAGAUCAUCGAGCGGCCGAUGGAAAUAGUGAUAUGGAUAUAGUAAGUCCCUCCGGUACGAGUAGUUCCGGUCAGGAGCGCACGGGUGCUAUAAGUAAAUCUCAGCUACGAAGUGCUGACGACGAUAACAGUACUAUCAUUUACUCCAAUAUCAAAAGCCCUGAACAAAGGAAUCGAUCUAACCAGCGAUGGAUGAAGCUCAGAACAACCGUUCAGAUAUCUUCAGCGAUACAGAAGAAACCGCCUUUAAAACGCGAGGACUCUUUUUUAAAGCGUUUUUCAACGCGGCAAAUACCAGAAGCACAGGUAAAAUUAGCCAAAGAUUCCAAAAUUUUGUUUUAG